AUGUCCGAUUUGCUCAGCGGAAUUGCCAAUUUUACGAAAUCAGUAACUGAAUCCCUCAACACGUAUGAGAUAAGGAAACUUAGUGACAAAGUACAGGGGAUGGUAAUGAACUAUACGGAAGCGGAAGCAAAAGUUCGGGAAGCGACUAAUGAGGAUCCUUGGGGACCGACGGGACCGCAAAUGGCAGAAAUAGCUCAUAUGACAUACCAGUAUGAAGCGUUUCCAGAAAUUAUGGCGAUGUUAUGGAAAAGGAUGCUGCAAGAGAACAAAAAUGCGUGGAGAAGGGUUUAUAAAUCACUAACUCUUUUACAUUAUCUCUUGAAAAAUGGUAGCGAACGGGUAGUUGGCAGUGCGAGAGAUCAUCUUUUCGAAAUUCGUGCUCUAGAUAGCUACAAGUAUAUUGAUGAUCGUGGCAAAGACCAGGGGCUCAACGUUCGUCAUCGUGCAAAGUUGUUGGUUGACCUUAUCCAAGAUGAUGAGCAGUUGAGAAUAGAGCGGAAAAAGGCAAAAAGUGAGGGGAAGGAGAAGUAUCAAGGUUUUUCUAAAGAAGACAUGCGAAUCCGAGGCGGAGCGAUUAGCUUCAGUGGUAGCAGAAUGAGUAACUUUGACAGUUGGGACAGAAAUUCAUCAAGCAGGGACGAACGGAGAAAUUCGUUUAGCGAUGAAAGGGAGAACUACCAAGACCGCGAGGUUAAUUCAUUCCAAUUUCCGGAUGAAGGGAUCCGUAAUGCACGUGAGAGCCCAGAACUUGGUAUUCGAGAAAAAACGCCUGAAUUGUCAGGUGAAGACGAAGAUGAAUUUGGUGAUUUUGCUCAGGCUCGAACAGUUGUUCCCAGAAAAACAGAACCACAUGAACGGGUUCCUCCAAUACCCCCACCGUCUUCUGCUACUUCUCUAAAAAUUUCACUUCCUUCUCAAAAUAAAACUACUACCUCAAAAAAAGAGGCAAAUCUUUUCGACCUCAGUUCUGAUCCUUUCGGAAGUGAACCAAAAGCAGCUGACUUAAAAAGUAAAAACGACGUUCCCGCUUCUCUUUCUGACGAUUUGUUUUCUCUCAACUUCACCGGAGCUUCCGGGAACAACAUGUCAUCCGAUCUUCUUGGCUCUGUGACUACUGGAACGAACGCUAGAGGCAGUGAAGAUUUGAUUUCUGGAAGUCCUGCCUUGUCGCCUCGUGUUUCACAAACACCUUUAAUGCCUUCAGCUCUCCAGCAGAGCCCUGUUCCUAACACACCGUCACUUGCACCAAGCUACUUAGCAAGUUCAACGUCAAGUUUAUCUAAGAUCGAAAACGGGAAUUCUUUAGCUGAUAAUUCUAACGUAGCCUUCUCGUCGACGACAUCUCAAGUUGCUCCUACAGGAACUUCCCAGAAAGCGGCUGGAAAAGAACCAGAAUUUAAGCUGCCGUCUACCUGGUCUGACGCUUCAUCGAAAGUAAAUAUUAGUUUAGACAAUCUUGGUAUGAUGCGUAGUCCAGUUAAGCAGGGAAUACCGAUGAGCCAAAUGGUAUCGAGCCAGUCAGCACAUGCCUCUUUAAAUCGACAGGGUACUCCAGGAGUGGUAGCAACGCAAAGUUUUCAAGGCUUUGGUGCACCUCAAAAUUUUGCUAUGCCGGCACAGGCGUUUCCAGUCUCUUCAAACAAUUUUCAGCAAACCCAGCAACAGAAAUCUGCUGGUGGUGGAGGAGAUCUUUCAGAUCUGUUUAUGUAA